AAUCAUUGCUUUGCAAAAUGGGUUAGAGUAAUCAUCAUUUCAUAAAGGGUCCUUCCGAUCCUCAGUCCUCACUGUGAAACUGUUCAGUGAUUUCAAGCUUCGAUUUACGAAAAUGGUAAAGAAGAAAUGCACAAGGAAAGAAGAAAUCGGAGAGGAUUUUUGCUUCAUUUGUAAAGAUGGAGGACUCCUCAGAUUUUGCGACUUCAAAGAUUGCCUUAAAGCGUAUCACCCUGAAUGUGUUGGAAGGGAAGAUUCUUCUGUGGAGUCUGAAGAUCGUUGGACCUGUGACUGGCAUGCAUGCUUCCUCUGCCAUAAAACCUCAAAGUUCCGUUGUGUUGGCUGCCCACAAGCUGUAUGUGGACGCUGCAUUUUUAAUGCUGAGUUUGUGCGUGUUCGAGGCUGGAGAGGAUUCUGCAAUCACUGUUUGCAGCUCACAUUACUUAUAGAAGACGGUAAAGAUGUUGACAUUGAUGGGACAAAGGUUGACUUCAAUGAUCGUGAGACUUAUGAAUUUCUAUUCAAGGAAUACUGGGAACUGAUGAAGAAAAAACAGGGUUUGACAGCAGAACUUGUUUAUAUGGCAAGUAACUUAUUGAAGAAGGGAAGAAAUUUUAGAAAUGAAAUUGAGGAAUCAGAAGAAGACACUGAUGAAUAUGAAAUUUCAUCAGACUAUGAAGAAUUGGUGGAUACAGAAGAAGGGCACAAACUAGUAAGAAAAUGCAAAAGAAGCAAGGAGAAGCUAUGCACUACGAGAAAAAAAAUGAAGUCAAGUGACCAAAAGUUCAUUGGAUGGGGGUCAAAACCAGUUAUAGAAUUUCUUUCAAAAAUUGGCAAGGAUACAAGAAAAAAGAUGUCACAGCAUGAUGUGACUUCUAUAAUUACAAUCUAUUGUAAAGAAAACAAGCUUUUCCAUCCGCUGAAAAAGAAGAAGAUUAUUUGUGAUGCUAAGCUUCAAGCUGUUUUUGGAAGGAAAUCAAUGAAUGUGAAUACUGUACACAAGCACCUAACUGCUCAUUUUGCUGAAAACAUGGAGCAAUCAUCUGAUGAUGAGAGCACAAGUAGUAUUGAAGAGAAGGAUGAUAAUUCUUCUAUGGCUUGUAAAAAGCCAAGGAAGUUGAUCUCAGAUAGAAAACCUGCCGAACAGGAACUGUCAGAUGUGUCACAUACUUGUUCUGCUGCUAUCAUUUCAGCAAACAUCAAACUGGUCUAUCUGAAAAGAAGUUUAGUAGAGAGGCUUCUCGAGAAUCCUGAAUGUUUUGAAGGAAAAAUGAUUGGAAGUUUUAUAAGAGUUAAAUCCGAUCCCAACGACUAUUCACAGAAAAAUUCUUACCAGUUGCUUCAAGUUACAGGCAUAAUGAUAGAUUCAAGCAACACUGAGAAGCAGGAAAUUCUCCUGCAAGUUACCUAUAGACUAGACUAUAUACCAAUCUACAAUUUAUCAGACGAUGACUUCUGUGAGGAUGAAUGUGAGGAUUUGCGCCAGAGAAUGAAAAAUGGCCUGCUGAAGAAUCCCACUGUGAUGGAGCUUUACGAGAAGGCAAAAAGUCUGCAUGAGGAUAUCACGAAACAUUGGAUUACCGAGGAGCUGGCUAGAUUGCAAACGUGUAUUGAUCAUGCAAAUGAAAAGGGAUGGAGAAGAGAAUUGUUCGAGUACAUGGAAAAAAGACUUCUACUUCAAAAGUCAUCAGAACAAGCACGGUUGAUCCAUGAACUGCCAGAAGUGAUAGCAGAUAUUCUUGAACCUACAUUUGAUGAUUUACUAAAGCAGAAUGAACAAGAAAAUCAUAUGUUGGUUGAUGGGAGAGACGACAGAAAAGUUGCCACAGCUGCCAUGGUAGAAGAAUGUUUGAUUGGCAUGCAAACCAUUUCAGAGAAGCAGCAACACUUCGAGGUCUCUACUUGUAAAGGUUUUGCUAAAAAAUCAUGCGUCUCAGCUGCAGAAUUUCAACCUCAUAAAGAGCAGCAUCAAUCCAUUCUACCAAAGAAACAUGCAUAUUCCAAACCAUUGCUUUCCAGCAUCAAAAGGCAAAGUGAGUAUAUCAAUAUUCAGAAAUCAAAGUUCAAAAGCAAAAGGGCUUCUGAUGUAGAGUUGAUCGAGCUAAGCGAUAACGAGGAUUUGAAAGCUGAAGAUAAAAUGCAGACUUCAGAGAAUCCAAAUUUCUCCCUGUGGUAUUGUGCAAGUCCUCAAGGGGAGACAAGGGGACCCUUGCCACUGUCAUUACUGAAGCAAUGGAGGGACCGAAGCUCAUUUGAGUUGAAAUGUAAAGUUUGGAAGAAUGGUCAGAGCUCGCAAGAGGGCAUCCCUUUGAGCGAUGCCAUUAGGUUGUUUUUCCCUGAAUAGAUUUUGGGUACUUUUGUAUCAACCAACUCAAUGCCU